AUGAACUCCGUUCGAGGCAAAUCCGCUAUAGUGACCGGGGCGGGUUCUGGGAUUAACCUAAGUUUUGCAACAUUGCUCGUGGAAAACGGAUGCAACGUCUUGAUCGCCGAUUUGGCUUUGCGGCCAGAGGCACAAGUACUGGCUGAUAAACACAAAAGUGGACCCGGGCGGAUUGUAUUUCAAGAGACUAAUGUGAUUGACUGGGCCCAGCUGGAGCGGAUGUUUGAAGUCGCCGAAAAGGAAUUUGGAGUGAUUGAUAUUGUUUGCCCUGGUGCUGGAAUUUACGAGCCGUACUGGACCAACUUCUGGCACCCUCCUCAUUCGUCGCAAAGCAAAGAUUUGCCGGGAAGUGGCCGAUACGCUCUGAUUGACAUCAACGUCACUCACCCGAUCCGCACUACCCAGCUGGCGAUUGCCUACUUCCUCAAGCAUCGUGACAGCGGUCGCCCAAAGCAUAUUGUCCACAUUUCCAGCAUCGCGGGUCAGAAUGCCAAUCUCACAGCGCCAGUCUAUUGCGCUACCAAGCAUGCCAUCAAUGGUCUGGUGCGAUCGCUCGCCUCUCUUGACCAGAGACUUGGGAUCCGGGUGACAGCAGUCGCUCCAGGUGUCAUCAAAACACCGCUCUGGACAGAUAACCCCGAGAAGCUUAAGCUGAUUGAUGCCAGCGCGGAUGUGUGGGUGACUCCCGAAGAAGUGGCGGAGGUGAUGCUAGCUCUUGUCCAGCAGGACGAGGUGAGCGAGAUCAUCGGAGACCGAUCGGGUCGAGGUCCAUUGUACAAGGUGUCGGGAGGGACAAUUUUGGAAUGCUCAAAGACAGUUCGGGCGGUAGGUCAGUUUAAUGAUCCAGGCCCCGGAGAUCGACCUGGCAAUACGGCCUCGGUGCAUCACCUCGCAGAGGAAGAGAGUUAUCAAGCCAUGGACCAGAAGGGUUGGGGAUUGCCAAAGCUGUAUGUUCGCUAUGUGUUGUGUGCCUUUUGUAUUCGACCCAUAAUCGCUCUUUGCAAAAUAAAUCAGAUGGAGGAGGCCGCUAUUGGGGUUGCUCCGCCCGGGCAACAUGGACGCAGACGGGGAGCGCGCAGACGAGCUGGCGAUGUUGUGGGGGAGGCCAGCUGGGCCAGCAGUGUCAUCAAUUUGGUUAAUACCAUUAUCGGCGCUGGUGUGCUUGCAAUGCCCCUAGCCAUCUCACACAUGGGAAUUUCCCUUGGAGUUUGUGUCGUUUUAUGGUCCGGGAUCACCGCAGGAUUCGGCCUUUACCUACAAUCGCUUUGCGCCCAAUAUCUAGACCGUGGCAGCGCCUCGUUCUUUGCACUGUCGCAAUUGACAUACCCUAAUGCUGCCGUUGUCUUCGACGGUGCGAUUGCGAUCAAAUGUUUUGGAGUCGGCGUGAGCUAUCUUAUCAUCAUUGGAGAUCUCAUGCCGGGAGUGGUGCAGGGCUUUGUCGGCAGCGAGCCAGGAUAUGACUUUUUGGUUGAUCGCCACUUCUGGGUAACUGCUUUCAUGUUGAUCGUGAUUCCUCUAUCCUACCUGCGCCGGUUAGACUCCUUGAAGUAUACAAGUAUCGCGGCCUUGGUCUCUAUGGCUUAUUUGGUCGUCUUGGUUGUGUAUAAUUUUGUCCUAGGAGACACAAAGGAGGAUCGAGGCCCCAUUCGCGUGGGUCAUUGGGCUGGCCCAAUCCCAACUCUCAGCAGUCUGCCAGUGAUUGUUUUCGCAUUUACUUGCCAUCAAAAUAUGUUCUCUAUUCUCAACGAAAUCAGCAACAACAGCCACUUCCGCACCACUGCGGUGGUCUUCGCUAGCACAGGCAGCGCAGCGGCAACCUACAUCCUGGUCGCUAUUACUGGGUACUUGUCUUUUGGCAACAAAGUCGGUGGAAACAUUGUCGGCAUGUACCCACCUGGCUUGUAUGCGACGAUCGGACGCGCCGCAAUCGUCAUGCUUGUAGUCUUUUCCUACCCGCUCCAGUGCCACCCCUGCCGAGCAUCGGUCGACGCCGUCUUGAAAUGGCGUCCUAGAGCUCAACCCAACGGCGCAGAGGGAUCACCCCACCGGCACCCGCUUUUGGGCCCCCGCGGUAAUCGCACGCCGGAGCCAAUGAGCGAUCUCCGCUUUUCCGUUAUCACGACUACUAUCCUAAUUCUCAGCUACCUUGUAGCUAUGACUGUGUCAUCGCUCGAAGCCGUAUUGGCCUACGUUGGCAGUACCGGUAGCACGAGCAUCAGCUUCAUUCUCCCGGGUCUGUUUUACUACAAGAUCUCCUCCCCAGACUCGCCCACACACCGCGGUCUGAUGAAAGAGGACGACGAGGCAGAGGACGACCUGUCAGACGAGGACGAUGGAGACGAAGGCGAGGGCUCCCUUUCCCGUUCUUUGACCGAGAGUGGUCUCCUGCUCCGUGGCUCUCGCCACUGGCGCAAGGCUCUUCUACGUCGCCUUAGUCUGGCGUUGGCCAUCUAUGGCUUCCUUGUCAUGGUUGUGUGUCUGAUCACAAACACUUUCUUCAAAACCUCGCAUUAA